ACAUACCAAAUCGUCAUUUUAUCGUUGCCUACUCAGUAUUGCGCGUGUGUUGUGUAAAUAUCUUGCCAAUCCGAUAUCUAAUAUUUGAUUAAUAAUGUCCUUCGCUGCUCCUGUCAGGCUAUUCGUAAGGAAUGUGCAAACGAGGAACUCCAGCAAUGUAGCCUUCAUCGGUCUGGGACAGAUGGGUAAGAGGAUGGCGGCAAACUUGAUCAGCAAAGGGCAAAGUUUAAAGGUUUACGACACAGUUCCUGCCGCAGCCGCUAGCGUAAAGGGAGCUCAGCAAUGCGGCAGUGCUGAGGAAGCAGCAAAAGACGCAAACAUCGUUAUAACUAUGCUUCCCAACGGAGACAUCGUCAAGGAGACGCUGUUGGGAGAAAAAGGAAUUCUGAAAGGAAUCCCAAAGAAAUCCAUCCUGGUGGACUGUUCGACAAUUGAACCUCAGAUGGCCAAGGAGCUAUCAACAAUAUCUCAAAAAAACAGCAUUAGAUUCAUAGACGCUCCAGUAUCAGGUGGGGUAACUGGAGCUCAGGCUGGAACUCUGACUUUUAUGACGGGCGGACAAGAAACUGACGUUAAAGAAGUUGAACCGUUCCUGUUGAAGAUGGGCGCCAAAAUCUUCCAUUGUGGAAAUAUCGGAGCCGGACAAACAGCGAAACUGUGCAACAAUUUGAUUUUAGCCAUUACAAUGAUUGGUACCUGCGAAGCCAUGAAUCUAGGAGUCAAUUCAGGUCUGGACCCCAAGUUACUGACGGCGAUAGUGAAUGUUUCGACCGGUAGAUCCUGGUCUUCAGAUACCUACAACCCUGUGCCCGGAGUCAUGCCAAAUGUGCCAUCUUCUAACAAUUACGAAGGUGGAUUCAGUGUUCCGUUGAUAGCGAAAGAUUUGGGACUUGCCGAACGUGCAGCGCUGAAUUCUGGAUCUCCACUUCCUUUGGGCGCCUUGGCCCACCAACUCUACAGAGCGUUGUUAUUGAAUGGCUACGAAGAAAAAGACUUUUCGGUGGUUUACAAAUUUCUGAAAGGAAAAAAAUAAAUCAAUUAUCAAAUAAUCGGCAGCGUCUACCACAAAAAAGCGAAAACCAGUUUGCGAAAUGAUUGAAAACGUUUUUUGGAUCGACUGAAUGGUAAUAUGGUGAUAUAUGAGGUGCUAAACAGAGGUUAUCAGAGGUCUUCUUUUUGUAUUGUAAAAUGCAUCUUUUUUGUAUCUGUUAAAUGUAUUAUAUGUUUGAUAUUUUUAGAUAUUCGUCGAAUGAUUGACACAAGUAUUUUUUCACAUAAAAUAAAACUGUUAGAUGAAAUACACAUAUAUCAUGUGCUACCUAGGUAGUAAUCUGUCGAAUAUG